CCAUAACUUUAUCUCCCAAAUUCAUCUGCAAAACCUUUCGCAUUUCACUAAUUCAACUCUAACCCAUUCCAAAUACGGAAUCUCCUCAAUUAUGAAUCACAUUUCUUUUUUUUUAUAUCAUGCAGAACAAUAUCUCAGCGGAAUUAUUCUCUCCGCAUCUACUUACAAAAAAAAAUAUGCCAAUUGAUCCAAAAGAGUCAUCCACCAUAAGAGAACAAAACCCCAUCUAUGUAUAGUAGACAAAAGGGGUUACAAAAAUUGAUCUUAUGUUGUGAUUUAGCAUUAUAUUAAAACAACCAUUGAAAACUUACAAGUCAUCGUGUUAUUUAUUUCCAGAGAGAUGAAAAAAAUCGAGAGAAAUAGCAUUCGAAUAUUAAUAACUAUUUACCAAGAUCUCAGCCACACACGUGAAGUGGGUAUCCUCAAGAUGGGGAUUCGUUCUUAUGUGUACCCACCAGCAUCGUUCAAGUGGAACUCAACUGAGACACACUUCUCUUCACAAGGGUAAUCUCUAUUACAAAUUCAACAACUUUCUUCGUCAAUUCUUUUCAUUUUUUUUCACACUCUUGAGUCACGUACACGCGGGAAGAUCUUUUUUCUUGUAAUUUUUUUCUCUUCUUUGAGGAAAGACUUCAAUGCCGAAUGAAUUUUUGGAUAUAUUUUAGGAAGAAAUAUUGAGAGUUAUUUUAAAGAUUUCUUCUAUUUGAAGAAGAAAUGAUAAGAAUAAUUGGUAAGAUUUCUAUGUACUUCCUAUUACAGAAUUUAAUCACUAAACUAGAAUUUUUCAGUAUUCUCGUAACCAUGGGGAUUUAUUGGUGAAAUGAAGGUUAAAUUACAAAUUAAAUGAUUCCACCCCAUUGCCACAAAAGCUUCCACCUCCUUGGAAAAAAAUCAUGACGAUUUUAAAUAUUUAGAUGCUUUUCUUCCUGAAACUCCGGUCAUAUAAAAAAGAAGUCUAAAUCACGACAAUAGUCAGUGUUUAAGAACAUUUUCACAGAAGAAGUUUCCAUUCACCGCAAUGAGCCAGUCAGAACUUGAAGCAAUUCAUGCUAAAUUCAAGAUUUUCCUCAAAUUUUUUCACAAUGCAAUUGAAUUGAAUUUUCUCCCCGAUUGUGGCCUUCAGAUUAUCAUUGUUCUUAAGAUGGCAAUCUUACCAGCAUCUGUUCUGACCGUUAUUGUCUUUUCAAUUCAAAAAAUAAUCUCAAUCAUUGGGAAAACCCUGAAUGAGGUGGAAUUUUUGUAUUUGAUCGUUUUAACUUGUUGCAAUUGCCAAACAAUUUCAAAGUUCCUAAUUUGUGGUGUUGUUAUGAAGAAGAAAUUGUGUAGUAUCUUAAUGUAUCCCGAUGAGAUUAUCUUCAAUGAGGAUGAAACGAUGGGUAGAAUUAGACAGAAAUAUGUUACUAAUAGCCUUAAAUUUGGAUAUAACAUAGCAAGUUGUGGAAUUUCGAUAACAACCUACCAAAUCUUUGUAGUUAACGAGACAAACUUUACGUCAAUUAUGUUCUUCACAUUUCCUCAUAUCAACAAAGGUUCUUUUCUUCACAUCCCAUUAAAUUUAGGUGCCCAAUCGUUUAUUCUUAUAUAUUCAAUUGGAUUGAUGGUGUUAGUAGACAUCCUUUUCAUCUUUAUGACUAUGUACUUCAAAGGAGAACUUGAGUCCCUCUCAGAAUUUAUUGGAAGUUUGAACGGCUUAGACAUUGAAGACUUUGAAGUAGAUUUAGAAGGAGAUCACCGUAAAAUUCUCCGCAUUUUUUGCGAAUUCUACACUAAAGUCAUGAGGAUAAAGAGAAUUUUUCUCGAUAUAUGUUGGUACACCUACUUGAUACUUUUCUCAACAAGCAUUAUCUAUGUAUGCUUACUGAUCUACAUAAUGAGCUUCUCAUCUGCCGGUAUAACAAUCUACAUCAUACCACUUGCCCCAUUAAGUCAAAUGUUCCUAGUUUGCUUCAUUGGAGAAAUGGUCUACAGCAGCGGUGAGGCAGUUUCAACAGCACUAACUGCAACAAAUUGGUACAUGAUGACAACUAAGAACCAGAAAACAUUUCUUAUGCUUCUUGCAUUUUCCCAACGACCCAGCUUUAUUAGAACGUUCGGAUUUGAGAAAGUGACCCUACAUACAUUUUUACAGUUGAUGAAAGCCAUGGGUUCGUACUGUGCAUUCCUUUACACGGUUCUACAUUGAUCAGGCUUCUAUGGUUGAGUAGU